CUUUUGAACGCGUUCAAACUUUCUAAAUGUCAGUUACAAAAGGCCUCGAAACUUUCUUAUUUCUCGUUUUUCUAGUUUUCUAAAAUAAAACUGUACUUGUAACGAACAGGAUUAGUGUUCUCCUUCAGUUCUAGUCUUGUAUUUAUCAAUAGGAAGCCAAAAAUGUUUUUGUUUAUGUGAAUAACCGUGGUUUUGUGAAGUUAUUGUGAUGGUGCCUCAGCAGCAGCGACGGAGACGUCGUCGCGCGGCUCUGGCUCGGACAGCUGAGCGGCGUGUUGUUGUGGCUCGCGGUGCCGGGGGCUUUGGGUUCACGAUAGCCGGGCAGCGGCCGUGCGUGGUGUCUGCGGUGGCAGCUGGCGGGCCGGCCGAGCGCGCAGGCCUUCGCGCUGGGGACGCCUUGCUGGCUGUAGACGGGGCCAGUGUGGCGAGAGCUCCCCACGCCUCCGUUGCUCGCAUGGUUGCAGCAGCCCCCGGGGCCAUAGCUUUGUCUGUGUCACCUAGAGAAGCGCCGCCGACCGACACUGAGGACACGGAGCCUGAUGAACGAGCUAGGACAAGGAGGCGACACCCGCCGCCUCGCCGCAGGCCGCAAGCCAUGUUGCACCACCCAGGUUGUCACGCUGCACCCAGUACAUCAAGCGUCAAUGAGAUCCUACAGAACCUGAGCCGAGCUCAGCUCACCCCUAACCACGCAGCCAGGCUGGAGUGCCGCGCUGUGGUCGGGUAUCUGGGCACCAUAGAAACACCACAAGCAGCCCCCAACGCCGCCCCGGGGAACGUGCGCACCGCCGUCAGGAAACUCCGCCAAGAAAGACGACCUGCCGCACCAGUCCUACUCUCUGUCCUCCCAAAUUCUCUCGUCCUGCGACGUCCGACGGGCCAGGUCUUAGCCCAAUACCAACGAGAGAGGAUAGUAUACGCCGGCUGUGGUUCUGACGCUGAUAGAAGAUUCUUCGGCCUUGUGACGUCAGCAGAAACUUCAGAAGCUGAAGCCUCACACAGUUGCCAUGUCUUCGCUGUAGACCCUCGCAUGGCUGAACAUGACGCUCAUAUUACAAGAGCUAGAGAGUUCCAAAUCGUGUGUACUAGAGACCCAGUGGCGGAAAGAUGUUUGGAAUUCCCUCCAUCAGCGGAGUAUGUUAUUGGUGUUAUUAGAGGCAUGUACUCCUUGCCUGCAGAAGAUUGCUCAAGCCCUAACCUACAGCAGAUUUCUAAGCUUACUAUUAAAGGAGACAGUCCAGCUUUAGGUAACUUUUCAAGGUGCAAUAGACCGGUGUUUCGAGUGCCCCGAGACAGGCGUCCGUGUAGGCACGAAGAGAGGAUAGAAGCUCAAGACUUCGUGGCCAACUCUCCUCAACCAAGCAACCACAGUGAGGUGACAACAACUUCUAGUAACAGUGACUCUGGCAUAGGCUUUCACAAUGACUGUCGGAACAUAGCAGACAGGAUCUUAGUCGUUGAUUUCGCUGGACAACAACCGGCGCCAAACAGAUUUCGGCAAGACAUGCCUCGAAGACCUAUAGGGCUAGUUGGGUGCAGCAGUUUCGAAGCUGAUGGUUCCUUCCUAUCAAACACGACACCAGUGGUAGACGGGUUCGGAGGACAGGGCAGGCCGUUGAAUUUGGACGAUGUGAUACUAAACGCGAAUGACCUUCAAACUGUUCGUCAUGUCAGCCCCAGGAAUGAGGACGACAACUAUAACUACAACAACCUUUAUGGGAACAUUCCUUCCAGUUCAAGAGGUUACGUCAACGGCGCGGUCUAUGACCAAGUGUACACGGAAACUGAAGGUCACCACUACGAAUUUAUUCCGCAGCAAUUGGACAUGGAUCUCGAAAUUGACAGAGUAGCGGAAACAUUUAAUUCUGUGGAGAUAUAUGAGGAAAGACCUCGGCAGCCUCCCGACUGGCAGUCUAAUGAGUCUGUGGAGAAUGUGACUGUUAUAUCUGGUGGAACCAGUAAAGCAAGCAUGGACUCUGUAUCUGUGUACUCUUCAAGGUCUCAUGAAGAAGCCAGACCUUCGAGGAGAAGGCAUAUGCAGGCCUCCUUGGAUGAUAUGCUGGUGUUGGGCUUACGGGAUCCGCCGCCGGUCAGAGAUAAGGAUGAUGAUAAUUUUGUUCAUCCGUCUAGUAUUAAAUGCAAGGUCCGAAAAUCAAUGAAGCCUCUUAACCUGCUAUCAAAAACGAAGCACAUUCUAUCGGGCAAGGAGCGCGAGAGACAGAAGGAGGAGCGACGCCGCGCGCUCAGCGCUAGCGCGGGCGACGUGUGUGGCGCACGAGUGGCCGACGUGUUGCCUGCCGCUGCCAGCGAGCCUGACCUCAGGGAUACACAGAGCGAGCAGUCAUCUCCCUUCCGUCGGUGGACGACCGGCAGCGGCGCAGGCAGUUCAUACCGCCACCACGAACAUCGCACUAUGUACAACAAGCAAAUGAGCGAGGGCUCCACUCAGGUGUCGAGCUCAACGGGCGGGGGCUCCAACGUGUCCCGCUGGUCCCUCGGCUUGGAGCACCUACUGGCAGACCCUGCGGGGGCGGAGGCCUUCGCGCACUUCCUCGCCAAGGAGUUUGCCGCGGAGAAUAUACGUUUCUGGUGGUCAUGCGAGCAAUACAGCGCGACCACCGAGCCGGGGCGGCGCGGAGCCCUCGCCUCCGAGAUCUGGCAGCGCCACCUGGCCGACAAGGCGCCCGAGCCCGUCAACGUGGACGCGGCAGCGAGGCGAGCUGCGGCCCUACUGCUGGCCGCCGACCCUCCACCGCCUGACCUAUUCCAACAGGCUCAGAAGCAGAUCUUCAACGUGAUGAAGUUCGACAGCUACCCGCGCUUCCUGCGCUCGGGCGUGCACGCGGAGUGUGCGCGAGCCUCGCUCCGCGGCCUGCCGCUGCCAUACGCGCCACGACAACAAGACGACGAUACCACUAAGUUAAAGAAAUCAGCAAGCAACGCGUCAGAGCGGCGACGUAGUGGCGGCGGUUCCUUACUGCCGUGGAAGCUGAGGACUGGCCGAGAGAGAUCUAAUAGCACGCAGCAGAGUGAACCACCUGUUGUUACUGAUGUGGUAAAGUCCAGUCAAUCAGCCCCUGGCCAGUGCGCACUCUGCCGCGUAGUCCUCCCGGACGGAGCUACCUCCGUGGUGGGAGUCGAACCGGCACUCACAGUCGCCAGGCUGGUGGACCGAUUGCUGCAGAGAAGGAACCUGCUGUGUAACACUUAUGAUGUGCUGUUGAAGGAUGCUAAUCAGGGCACAACAACAACAAUAGACCCUUCAUCCCCAUCCACCGUCCUGAGCGGUCGUGAAGCCGUAGUAGAACGUCGUUGCGUGGUCAGACUAGAGCUCUCAGGCCGUUGCGUGGCGGUGCGGUGCCGGGCCGCGCGGCGCCUGCGGCACGUGCUGCGCCCGGUGCUCGCCAAGUACGCGCGAGCGCAUCCGCAUAGAGCAGUGCUGAGGGACGGCGUUGUGCUACAUCCUGAUACUAUUAUGCAGGAACUAGACGGCGCCCGACUUCAAAUAGUAGAAGUGUCCGAGUCGGGCUCGUACCGCGCGUCGGGCGCUGCGGGCGCUGCGGGCGAGGCUCGCGACGACGACGCCGACUCGCUCAGCGACCUCGCCGUGCGGCUGCACGACGACAAGCAGCAGGACGAACAGAGCGUGGGUAGCGCUGGCAGUAGCCGCGGCGGCGCGAGCUCCGGCCGCGUGCGAGCCGCGCUGAGACCCGGCCCACCGCUACAUCAUCACCCUCCUGAUUUCCUAGAGAAUCUCCGCGAAACGCAACGACAAAGGCUACAGAAUAAGACCGACUCGCCACCAUCAUCCCCCGCCGCCGCCCCCACCCCGCCGCCGCUGCCGCCCAAGCCCUCCCACCGACAAGCACCCACCGUCGUCUGAACACCACGCGACACACGCACGUGCCUGAUCAAGCACUUCGAAGUCGCUACUCUAACUUCGAAGUCGGAACCCUAAACUUCGAAGUCGGAACUCUAAGCUCCGAAGUCGUCUCGUAACUUCAGAUCGACGUCGGAUGUCUCGUUUCCGGAUCGAAGUCAAGUCUCGGAACUUCGGAUCGAAGUCGGAACUAAACUUCGUACCGAAGUCGUGCAGCUAGAGGAAGCUCGCCGGACUAGCAUCGGUUUCCAGUAGGAAAACUAAAACUUUUAUUUCUGUUAAUUUGUAUAAUCAUGUGCACAAUAAUAGAUUUGCACUGCUGUUAACGGAGAAAGAUUGAAUUAAAAUGAUAAAGUUAAA